AUGGGUCUCUGCUUCCCAGCCUUCUCUUUCCUUGGCCUGAGCGACGGCGCCGUGUCCCAGGAGCCUUUCCGCAGGAGCAGCGCCACUCAGGCCGCCUUGAACCACGAGGAAAGGGAGCUUGUUACUGUUUCAAUAAAUGAAAAUUUAAAAAUCAAGGCCGGCGGCUUCGCUUGUGAAAAUUUCCCUUCCUGUUUGCACGGUGAAACGGUGAAGUUCAACCUUCACUGGCCAUUGGGGCUCCCCGUCUCCCAAGGGGGUGGGAGGCAGCGUUGCAAAAGACAGCUGGAAGCAACCGAUUGUUUCUCCGGAGCAGGUGUCCAGUUCCAGCACAUCGUGGUGGAAAAGAAGGGAGCCAAGGAGAACGUGGGCGUGAUCCAGCUAAACCGUCCCAAGGCCCUGAACGCCCUUUGCGACGCCCUCGUGAAGGAAAUCAACCAGGCCCUGGACUCCUUCGAGCAGGACGCUCACGUGGGGGCCAUCGUCAUCACCGGCAGUGAGAAGGCCUUUGCAGCGGGAGCAGAUAUCAAAGAGAUGCAAGACAGGACCUUCCAGGAGUGCUACAGUGGGAACUUCCUGGCUCACUGGAACAGAGUCUCCACCACCAAGAAGCCGGUCAUAGCUGCCGUUAACGGAUACGCGCUUGGCGGUGGCUGUGAGCUGGCCAUGAUGUGCGACAUCAUUUACGCGGGAGAAAAAGCACAGUUUGGGCAACCCGAAAUCCUCCUGGGAACUAUUCCAGGCGCUGGCGGGACCCAGAGGCUGACCAGGGCAGUGGGCAAGUCGUUGGCCAUGGAGAUGAUCCUGACCGGGGAGCGGAUCUCCGCCCAAGAGGCCAAGCAGGCAGGCCUUGUCAGUAAAGUCUGUCCCGUGGAUAAGCUGCUGGACGAAGCCAUCAGCUGUGCGGAAAAGAUAGCGGGGAACUCCAAGCUGGUGGCUGCGAUGGCCAAAGAAGCCGUGAAUGCAGCCUUCGAGACAACCCUGGCCGAGGGGAAUAAGCGGGAGAAGAUCCUCUUCCAUGCCACCUUCGCCACGGAGGACCGGAAGGAGGGGAUGAGCGCCUUCGUGGAGAAGAGGAAGGCCAGCUUCACAGACCACUGACCCAGCUCUGCGGGAGGAGGCCAGACGGGGAGCUGGCUGGCGACCGGCCGUCUCCAUCGAGAUCAUGGCCGUCUCCGAUAUGCACCGCAACUCUGCCGCAGGAGGCGUCAGGCGGCAGACUCUGCCCUGAAAGGGCUGCCUUAAACUCACCGGGAAACGGAGGCGUCCUCAUGAGAUCGAGAGAGGAGACAUGGCAGUUCCGUAGUCUGUCUCUUUGGGAAGGAAAG